UUGCUUUAAUGGCGGAUGAAUGUCUCCACUCUGUGCAGCUCGAGCUCGAGGCCGUGGGAAAGCAGAUUCGCGACCUGGAGGUGAGGCAGGCCCAGCUGAGAGAGCGGAGAGCCGCGCUGGAAUCAUCCCGGGCUGACGCUCACAAGUCCGGGGUAAGUAUACAGCGAUCUGCUAACAGUCCCACCACGUCUACUCCGUGUGUUUCUCUGCACAGGCCCGGUGCACCCAGGACGCGAUCUUCCCAGAUGUCCUUCACUGCGACGCCGGGACACCACGGACCCUGGGUGCAUCCACAGCGGAGGACGCGAGCCGGGUCCCGGGCGACGACUUCUCCCCCUCCUGCCUUCGACAUCUCCAUCCGGAACCGCUUCGCUCCCCUCCGCGAGACAGGACGCGACGCUGUGAUCAUCGGAGACUCCAUCGUCCGACACGUAAGUGCUACGUUAGCCGAAGGUAAAGUACACACUCAUUGUUUGCCUGGUGCUCGUGUUCUCGAUGUUUCUGCGCAGAUACCCGCGAUCCUGAAGGCCGACGAGAGCCCCAGAGCGGUCGUGCUUCACGCCGGGGUUAACGACACCACGCUGCGGCAGACGGAGACGCUGAAGAGGGACUUCAGCAGCCUGAUCGAGACGGUUCGCAGCACGACGCCCGCGGCGACGAUCGUCGUGUCAGGACCACUGCCCACGUAUCGACGAGGACACGAAAGGUUCAGUAGACUUUUUGCUUUAAAUGAAUGGUUGUUGUCAUGGUGUAAAGAACAGAAACUGCUAUUUGUUAAUAACUGGAAUCUUUUCUGGGAGCGUCCUAGGCUGUUUCGCGCUGAUGGAUUACACCCCAGCAGAAUCGGAGCGGAGCUGCUCUCUGACAACAUCUCCAGGACACAUCGUUCCAUGUGACUAGAUUUACACAAGCUCCAGUCUGGAUCCAGAACACCUGAGAAGAGAGGAUGCUGACCCUCA